AUGGCUGGUGGUGUUCGUGACCACAAUAACCUUUCUCGAACCCAUUCAGAAACUAACAACAAAUCAAAAGACAUUUAUGAAAUAACAAACACCCUAAGUGAAGAUAAGAACAGUAUCAAACAGCCAACAAAGAGAAUAGACACCAUUGGUCGCAAGUUUACAAAAUUUUUCCAAGUUAAAGAGAAUGAUGCUAAGAUUGUGAAAAUUUUCAAGAAAUACCUAAGAUUCGUUGGACCAGGUUUAAUGAUAUCAGUUGCUUAUAUGGAUCCAGGUAAUUAUGCAACUGAUGUUUCCGCUGGUGCUUCCUCCCAAUUCUCAUUAUUAUUCAUCGUCUUGCUUUCAAACAUCAUUGCCAUUUUUUUACAAUCGUUAUGUAUCAAAUUAGGUUCAGUCACUGGCUUGGACCUUUCAAGAGCUUGUAGAGAUCAUUUACCAAAAUGGUUAAACUUGAUCAUAUGGUUCUUUGCAGAAGCUGCUAUUAUUGCUACAGAUGUUGCUGAAGUUAUUGGUACUGCUAUUGCCUUGAACAUUUUGUUAAGAAUCCCAUUACCUGCUGGUGUUGUCAUUACAUGUAUUGAUGUAUUGUUUGUCUUGAUGGCUUAUAGACCUGGUUCCUCUUUGAAAUUUGUUAGAUUGUUUGAAUACGCAGUUGCUUUAUUAGUUCUAUGUGUUGUUGUUUGUUUCUGUGUGGAGUUGGGAUUGAUGCCUCCGGUUAAUGUUCGCUCUGUAUUUAGAGGUUUUGCUCCAUCUAGAGAAAUGUUUGAAAAUAAUGGAAUGUAUACAGCAUGUUCCAUAUUGGGUGCCACCGUGAUGCCUCAUUCUUUAUUUUUAGGGUCUGGUUUAGUUCAACCAAGAUUAAGAGAAUUUGAUGUUGAAAAUGGUUAUGUUAAAUUACCAAGUUCAGAUGAUGAAGCCACUGUUGUUGAGGAUCAAGAAGAUGCUUUGUUUAAAUAUAGACCUACAGCGAAAGCUAUCAAAUAUGCAAUGAAGUAUUCAAUUGCAGAAUUAGCAAUCACUUUGUUCACAUUUGCCCUAUUUGUUAAUUCUGCAAUCUUGAUUGUUGCAGGAAGUUCAUUACAUGGUACUCCAGAAGCUGUUGAUGCUGAUUUAUACACAAUUCAUAAAUUAUUAUCUCAUCAAGUUGCUCCAAUUGCCGGUACAAUUUUCAUGUUGGCACUUUUAUUCUCUGGUCAAUCUGCUGGUAUCGUUUGUACAAUUGCUGGACAAAUUGUAAGUGAAGGUCAUUUACACUGGACAAUGAAACCAUGGAAAAGAAGAAUCGUGACAAGAAGUAUUUCUAUUGUUCCGUGUUUGGCUAUUAGUUUGAGUAUUGGUAAAAGUGGGUUGAGUGCUGCUUUGAAUGCUUCACAAGUUGUUUUAUCAAUUUUGUUACCAUUCUUAACUGCCCCAUUGAUUUAUUUCACUUGUAAGAAGUCAAUCAUGAGGGUUGAAGUGAAUCAAGCUGAUGAGGAUAACACUAAUGAUGCUGUUGGUACUUCAAAUGAAUUGGGUACUAAAUAUAUUGAUAUGUCCAAUAAUUGGGCCACUUCAAUCAUUGCAUUCCUAAUUUGGUUAUUCAUUUCUGUUUUAAACGUUUACACAAUUGUUAAGCUUGGUUUAAGUCAUGGUGAUAUUUCUUGA